AUGGCUCUCGAAGCUCCCCUGCGGUCGUCUCUGCAAUUCCCGUUUGGCGGAAACACAGGAAACACAGACAUGUCUACAAGCUCGGAUCUCGACAGUUGGAGGUCGCCCUCGCGGGUCGUCUCCGCAAACCGGUAUCCCUCACACUCCAUGCAUAUCAUGAGCCCGAGCGAUCUUGUCGGCCCAUCUCCAGUGACAUCUAAUGGAACAGAGACGACGGAGAUUGAGGAUGAUGCCACCGACGAAGUGAAAGAGGCGUCGCUUGCCGAUGACGCACACGAAAAGCGCAGGUCCGAUGCGCUGAUGCUCACAACCGAUCUGCCCGAAAAUAAAUCGGGCGCGAACCUACAGCAGCAUGAAUUUGGGCGAGCCUCACCAAAAGCAGACGACAGCAGCCUCAGAGCCGACCAUCUGCCCUACAGACCGGCCAUCUCGACCAAUGUCCAGCCAGUGCGAUAUUCUCUGGACAGCGCCACACCCCGCGCGCAGGACCUUCAGGAUAUGCUCAGUGACAGCAGUCGUCUCCGAUCUUCGAGCACGAGCAGCCUGGAGAAAAUCGAUGAGCAGACGGAGAAUGAGGACAAUGACCUAGACGACGGCUUCGCCUCGCAGCACACCCCGAGCCAUCUGCAAGCGCCAGAAGUGGUGGCCCUCAAGACGGCAUUUGACGAAUGCUGGACUCUAUGCAACACCUUUGGCAACCUGAGUUCCUUCCAUCGCACGCGAGUGUUCUCCAGCUCCGGGACGCCAGACGCCCACGAGAGGGCAUGGAAAACGUGUUGGCAGCUGUGCCAGAAACUGUACGCCAGCUCAACCGAGGACACUAAUUCCUUGAACGCCAGACUCAGCAUUGACAUGUGCCGAGACUUUUGCCAGGCCUUGUUUGACGUGCGGCAUAAGAAAGACGAGGCAGCCGACUCGGUGUUGCGGGUUAGCUUUGAGUUGAACAACCACCUCUACAGCGCGCAAGACAGCCGCAAUCUGCCCGAGGAGUUCAGAGAGAGGACACUCGAUUUCUACAUCACCCUUUGCCACCGGCUCAUGAAGCAACGCAGCGACUUGACGGAAGAGACGGACCAGCUGUUGCGGGCGUGUUGGACCUUGGCGGAGAUGCUCUUCAGCUUACGGGAAAACAAACGUGACAGGCGAUUGCCAGACGAGGAGCUCCUCAGCUCGGCUGUUCAAGCGUGCUGGGACUUGACGGAAAUAUUCCGCCGCGGCUGGACACAAGUUCAACCGGACCGCAGUACCCCUAGGCCAGGUCAUCCCGGCUUCAGCUAUUCACAUCAAUCAGAGCGCGCCGAAAGCCGCACGUCCAAUCGGUCCAACCGGUCCUCGCGUUACUCCAAGCGUGACCGCGAGAGUACCAAGAGCACCAAGAGCAGCCAUCGCGAGGAGCCAUCGAAGCCACCGCCAUUCGUCCCCGAGACGCCAGUGACCGAGUUUGAGCACACGCCCGUGUCACCAGGGAGUCGAUCACCUCAAAUGCCGAAUAUUAUGGUUCUCGGCACCGACAGCAACCGAGGAGGAAGGUGGUCCAGCAAUGCAUCCAACCUGUCCAGCUAUUCUCAGAGCACGCACAGUAGUACGCGGACCUCUAGCACAGCCACGACUACCGCGGCCACUGAGGACCCCAACCUGGGGCGUGCCCGCAUGCUGGUGCUGCGAGCGGCGAUGAACUUGGGAUUCGACCGUGAUACCAUUACAGAUCCUGGCUCCGGCUCUAUCAUCCUCCAGAGGUUCGUGCAAGCUCUGCCAUCGACGGCCUUUGGACCGAGCGCGAGCAAUGCAACAUUGGUGCAACAGUAUAAAAACUCUGUGCUUACCGACGCAAUCAUACCGCGGAAGCAGACGCUUCCGGCAAAUGGCAAGCGCGCUACCGCAUUGGAGAUGGCCAAGAGCAUCAAUGCCGUCAGCAAGCUGUCCACGCGUUAUGCGUACCUGCGGGAUCUUUUCCGGUUUGUCUUCCAGUUCCCGGUGGAGGAGGUCGAGUCACGUCGAAACGUCAGCAUCGUCGUGUGA